AUGCCCAACCCCGUGACCACAGUCCCAUUCAUAUCUCCCCGUCCAACACACCUCCCUGACUGCCUCACACCCUCUCCCACACCCUGCCUCCGCACCCUUCCCUGCCUGUCCCACACCCUGUCUCCAUAUCCAUCCCCACCUGUCCUACACCCCGUCUCCGCACCCUCCGCACCUGUCCCACACCCUGUCUCCACACCUCUCCCCGCCUGUCUCCGUACCCCUCCCCGCUUGUCCCACACCCUGUCUCCGCACCCUCCCCGCCUGUCUCCCACACCCUCCCCGCCUGUCCCACACCCUGCCUCCGCACCCUUCCCUGCCUGUCCCACACCCUGUUUCCAUAUCCCUCCCCACCUGUCCCACACCCCGUCUCCGCACCCUCCCCACCUGUCCCCACACCCUGCUCCCACACCCCCCCCCGCCUGUCUCCCACGCCCCUCCCCGUCUGUCUCCACACCCCUCCCCGCUAGUUCCACACCAUGUCUUCACUCCCCUCCUCGCCUGUUCCACACCCCUCCCCGCCUGUCCCACACCCUGUCUCCAUGCCCCUAG